AAAUCACCUGUGCCAAGUUUCAUCGAACCUUAACGGAUCGUCACUCGCCUCUUCUGUGGCUUUAAGCUCGGUUCUGAAACGCUUUCGUGCUGCAAAUGGAAAAAAGACCACACCGCUUUAGUGGCCACCCCGUCGCCGGCGUGAACUGGAGGCCAACUUUUCUGGUCGACGAGGUGUCUGACGUGCGCAUGUGCAGCGUUUGCGCAAUCAUUCCCGGGAAGACGCUGAAAUUGCCGUGUUCGCACGUUUUGUGCGAAUACUGCUUUGCAUGCGUCUCCCAGUCUGGCAGUGGGAAGUGCCCCGAAAAUCGCAAGACAUUCACGGCGGCGGAGUGCACACCCAUAAACUUCGCGGCCAAGAAAGCGAACCGCGUAAAAGUGUACUGUUGGAACGAAUCAAUGGGCUGCAAGUUCACGGGACCCCUAGAAGACCUUCUACAGCACUUUGAGAACGACUGCGCCUUCCACGUGCUGUAUUGCGGGACUGGAAAUCACUACCUUCUGCGCAAUGACGCUGUAGAACACAAACUUAACGGGUGCCGCUACCAACGUUCAUGUGUCGAGACGGAGCCCUCAGCCUCGCAAACUACUCCAGUGGCUUCUCCAGACUGCAGCGUCAAUGAGGAACACGAGAAGACGCUUGCAAUAGACGUUCCUCAAGACGCUCAGCUGGCUGCACUUCAGGACCAAAUAACCCAGCUUGCUAAAGAUGUCGCGUACCAUCAAAUUUUAAUAAGAGAACUCAAUGACGGGCAAAGGAAGUCUGCACUUACUGUUAGUAAUGUCGUGACCUCGGUCGUAACCUCGGUGAUAUCUGAAGCUUUUCGAAAACAGAUAAAGGGAGCAAGUUUCAAGGAUGAUAAUGCCGCGAUGUCAGCCCUGUCACCGUCUUCGGAGAAGGCAGUCAUUCUUAGAAAGCUUGAGCAAUACGCCAACGUAACGCUCGGCACUCUGGAAGAGUUACGUCAGAACAUGCGACAAUUCGAUCAUGCUGCAGUUAUUGCUCGUUGUGAGCCCGUGCUUCCUAGUCGCGAUAGGCUUCGUCAUUUGACUAAAGUACAAACAGCUAACUCUCAAGUGGGUGCAGAAAUACCUAGCGUCACCUAUAUUCUGACACUUAAAAAUGCCGACGAACUCUUUUCAAGCGCCACGGAAGACCGUACGUUCGCUGAAGUGACCACGUGGCACAUGCGAGACACCUACUUUGUGGUCACUGUACGAAAGAUUGCUGCUGAAGACGCUAUGCUUUUAGGUUUGGAGAUCGAGUUUAAUGAUUUCCGUGAAGGUUCUCAGUGGUUGCCUUCCUCUCGGUCAGUUACCGUGGUACAUCCAAACGGAAGGAGAUUCGAUAUGCUCGAAGUACAUGACCCGCCUUGUUCAUGUAAGCGCAGUCUUGAUACGCUGCAUCAUGCUCACCUAUCAUUCUUGGCAGAUGUCAGUCGCCUCUCGAAGGGCUUUUGCCAAAACAAGAAGAUGACGAACGAAAUAAAGCUGGCGACAUAAUCGAGUAAACGUGCUAAAGAAUUGUGCUUCAUCAUACUCUAAAAAGUAAUCGUCCGCUGCUUCAUCACAUAUUGAUGUUGCAU